CUCCAGGGUAGGAACCGGCUGACAUCCUGUGUCGAAUAUGGACAGCAAGGUUUCUACAAAGAUGGCAUUUAUAAGAUCUAUGAUAACGACGGAAACAGUUUCCCAAGCUACUGUGAUCUAAAAUCCGAGCCCGGUAUUGCAUGGACACUGGUCAUGUCGUGGAGUAAAAAGAAUCGUUUUAUUUCUGCUUUUCGCAGUACCCCAUUUCAGUUCAAUGCCCCGGAAAAUGAGAACUCCCCGAACUGGGAUCGUUACCGCUUAAGUCUGGAGCGAAUGAGAUCACUGCAGGUCCACUCCACCCACUGGCGAGCAACAUGCAGCUAUCCGACUCAUGGCAUCGAUUUCACAGACUACCUCCGCGGCAACUUCAAAGACUUUAACAUCGUCGAUUUCCUUGGUAAUGGCGAGUGUAAGAAGGUAGAAUAUGUGGAUAUCCGGGGGCUCAAUGGCACGAACCUUACAGCACCGUUUUGGGCGAACUUCGGGGUGGGUUUGCAUACUGACAGCUCUAUCGAUUUCUGCGAGCUAAAUGCAACUGUUGGAGCGGUAUCGAGUGAAGACAACUUUGGCUCCUAUAACGGCAUUAAUCCCAAGUUCCGCUGCACACAGGAAGACAGCUCUACUACUCAGUGGUGGUUUGGAGCUCAUUUUAAAAAAUAGUGUCCAGAAAAUGAAAUUACACAGCUCCCAUGUCAGAACGAAGGGGGCUGCAAAUUGUACCACCUUUAUAAACAGACGAAAUGCAUUCAGUAUCAGUUUCAUUAGUAGAUUUAAAUUGUUGAAGAUGUACAGCCUUUAAGAUUAGAAACUCUUCUUUUUCGUUUAUAAGCAGUGAUUUUAUAGUUAAGUGCAACAUUUUUCAUUGCUUGAUUGACCUCUCUAUCUAUAAUUGUGUGAUUUUUUUUAGUAUACAUUACUUGAGUCAUCACGGAAUAUUAACGGUUAAAAUGGGGUCAAAAUGCCUAAAGAGAGUGAAGAACAACGGUUAUCGGCGGUCGUUUCGAUACAAGUUAAUACCUUUAAGGUGUAAAUAGUUUCACGUACUUGGAUUAUAGAUGGAAGAAUAUUUGUCCAAAAUGUUUUCUUUUUGAAUUGCAAACUUUACUUGAAGUAAUCGAAAAUUUUUGUGCAGUUUCACUGCAUGAGUUCGUAUCGAAACGACCAGUUUCAAAAAAAUAGGUUUGUCUAAUAAUAUUUGAAAAACUUCUGGGAUCGCUCUGAAGAAGUUUGCAUUGUAUGUGCGUUAACUAGUGACUAGUUAUGAGGUAAAAACCAACUGUAAGAGUAAACACUGAUAAUUGUAACCAUUAUGAAAUUAUGGAGAUUAACCCUUUCACUGCCAAAUGUGGCCAAAGGCAAAUUUCGACCAAAUUUGCAAAUUUCAUUUUCUAAAAAUUUUGACAAACAAAUUGCAUCAUGUGAAAGUACAGGCAGAGAGCUUUCAUUUGAAUGGUCACAUCAUAGGAUUUUGUCCAUAGACUCAAAAGUUACAGUGACCUUACAAAACACCAUCAAACACUCUGGCAGUGAAAGGGUUAAGAACUGUGAGGAGAAAGGCAAAUUACAAGAUUACAUGCAGAACUACAGCCCGCAUCACCGUGGCACAAGUGAGGCCCACAAGUUUACUAGCUUUUAGCUAUUUAGUGUUUUACUAAAUAAAAUGUUUACUUGCUCACUUCACAUAUCACCUAGUUUAGCAAUUUGAUUCCCUUCUACCUACUGUUUGUGCACUAUGUUUUAAGUACUGUUCAAAACACUAGCAGGAGUGUAUACAGAUACUCUCUUUUGUUUAUCAGUGGUCACGCAGACUGUUAACCCCCUCCUUCCCCCGUUUCAGUGAAUAUUUCAAAUGUAAUCUUUAAUUCAUUCAAAUCUUUAUGUAGCCUCAAUUAAUACCACCCAAUAUGGCUUACGCUCACUGAAAUUCACUGGUCCUCGCCUUUGGAACUCCUUUAGAAUAUUUCGUAAAACGGCCCUUAAAUACUCUAUCCUCAAUUGUUAUUAUAAUUAAUUAUCUACCUUAGCGCAUGAAGAAAUACUUUUUGAAUAAAAAAAAAACCAUAUUCUUAAUUCUGUCUGUAAUUGUAUUUUAUUGCAGGGUCAUCCACUAGAUUAGCCUUUGCUAUUUGGAUUAUCCAAAUUCGCUAUCUAUUUGGUUGUUGUAUUUUUCUUUUGUUCCUUAGUUGUACUGUGUUUAGUUGCCUAUGUAAAUUUAGCCUUUAUGUCAUAUAAAACUGAGCUGAGUUUAAUAAAUCAUCUUGUCUUGUCUUGUAUUAUCAGGUUUAAAAAGCUUAAUAAUUUUGGUCUAGAAAUUGGACGAAACAUUCAUUAAAAAUUAAUUUCUUGUUUUUUUUUUCUUUAUGAAGUAUCAUGUAAUUAGUUUUUGAAAUAAUGAAGACAACCAAACCGGGAAUUUUCUCAACUUUUUCAUAGCCAUAAAACCUUUUGUCGGCCUUUUUAGACCCCUUUACAGACCGAAAUGACAGCUUUCCCUACCCUCUUAUAUAAACAGUCAGCUAGUGAAAUCCCUCGGGCGGAGCUUCCCCGUAUAGGCCAUUAUAGGGAGUACUCCACCUGGCUUAGUGCCCUUUCCUGGCUCAUUUAUUUAUACUUAACGGGCCUGGGAAACUUUAAAAAAAAAAGAAACACAACAGGGCGGUAAGCAAGGUGGUUCAAAGUUACGGAUCCAAGCUAUCAUUAAUCUGUAAUAACAUUUCUAGGGUAAAUGAAGUAGAUACUGAAAUGUCUCCUUGCCUUACCUCUUUAACCCCUUGUGUUCACAUAUUUAUUCUCCAUAUAUUUCCUGAAAGUAUUAGUAGAGAGAAUUUGACAAAACAUCAAAGCGCUUUCCCUGUUGUGAUCAUGUUAUGAAUUCUCAUAAACCUUUCUCUUGAUGGUGUAUGAAUGAUGUCGGGAGAAAAUCGAUUUGGUCAGUCUUGGCAUGUACCAAUUCAAAGUAGACAGACUACAAAUUAUAUUAGUUGCUGAAAAAUAUAUAUCUACGUGUCGCAACUGUUCAUCAGUAGAAUACCUAAAAUGCGUGCAAUUCCACAAUUGGUUUCGGCUCCAAUAAAUCCUAUACCAAUUGCAGAACAUUUUAGGAGGAGCCACCCACCAUGUGAGCACAGUCAAGGACAACACAUAAAAGUGAGGAAAAUAACGCAAAGUAAAAUUAAGACGUUAAUUAACGAACUUAAAUAAACAAAUAAUGCGCUCGCUCAAAAUAAAAUUGUACGCGCACACGUACCUAUAACCAAUAAAUAAGUAAUGUAAGGAUACAUCACAUUGUGGUGAGAUUAUUAACUUUUAAAUCUGUGGUUAAAAUUUUUUUCUACUUUCCUUUCAAUGAACGAAAGUUCUUUGGCAGAACGUUUGAGAGGAAUUAUUUAGUUUUAACAAGAGAGGAUAAAGGGGACAGAGAAGGCAUCCUCCAUACACACCCUAUUCCAUUAGUAAUUCGUCUCGAGUUAUUUUUAAGACCACAGAUCCCAAGGGGGAUUAGGCAACAGCCAAUCACAUAGCGCGAAUGUGUUCCGCGUGGAUGACCCACGUUCAGAGCCACGCGUCCUUCACGAAAAUGGUGGAAGACGCGGAGAGCAAUAUUGCUAUUCGUUUUGUCGACGAAAACGACUAAAGAAGAGAUUUCUGCUAAAGCUGUGUCAGCGAAACGGAAAUUAAAAACGAAUCACCCUUCAUCGCUUGUAUAAAGCUAACAGUACAGCAGGGAAAUCCUUAGCACAGUGAAUAUUCUCUCAGGAUCAUUUGAAGAGAGCAAUUUCUGGUUUGAUACUUAUUCUUUUAUUAGUCUUUUAUUAUUCAACAAAAAUAACACUUGGCGUCCUAUAAUAAUAAUAAUUUAAUAACUUCUAGAGCGCUAUUUACAUUCACUGAUCAACAGCGCUUAACAACUUAAAAAAAACUACAAUAAAAUUCAAAUUUGUAAAACUAAUUACAUGUAAAUGAAUAUUACUUGCUACUUGCUUUAUUGUAAAACGACCGGUUUCAAUAGACCGGCGAAAUUUUUCAUUUUAUUAAAGAACUGAGGUUACGAUAACUUCGAGUUAAACUGAUUUCGCGGGUUGUCAAAGAGUCGAGCGAUUCCCUUUUCCCAGGUGAGCGCCGACUCAUUUCGCUUCAAUAUUCAGAAAUGCUCUCGAUCUCGUUACGCUUUCAUUGCCUUUCGCCCGACAUGUUUUGCAUGGCGUUUAGUCAUGCGAAACCUCCACGAAACAUCCACGCAGCGCGCGAGGUAACUUUAUCCCGAUAAUAAAAAUAACUCGAGACGAAUUACCUAUGGAAUAGGGUGUGUAUGGGGGAUGCCUUCUGUGUCCCCUUUAUCCUCUCUUGGUUUUAACUAUUUUACAAGACGAAAUUGUAUUUCUUUGUUGUGAUUUCUUUUACUUUCACCGGUAAAAAGAACUGAAAAAGGGGUAAUAUCUAUUCAAUUUAGCCAACGAGCAGGUUGUAGCCUGCGUGGCAGGCGUUUGAAAGGGAAGGGAAAGGGAGUUUUAGGCGCGAGAGAAACGUGAGGGACGCGCGAGGAAGGAGAUGGCAUUUAUAAGAUCUAUGAUAACGACGGAAACAGUUUCCCAAGCUACUGUGAUCUAAAAUCCGAGCCCGGUAUUGCAUGGACACUGGUCAUGUCGUGGAGUAAAAAGAAUCGUUUUAUUUCUGCUUUUCGCAGUACCCCAUUUCAGUUCAAUGCCCCGGAAAAUGAGAACUCCCCGAACUGGGAUCGUUACCGCUUAAGUCUGGAGCGAAUGAGAUCACUGCAGGUCCACUCCACCCACUGGCGAGCAACAUGCAGCUAUCCGACUCAUGGCAUCGAUUUCACAGACUACCUCCGCGGCAACUUCAAAGACUUUAACAUCGUCGAUUUCCUUGGUAAUGGCGAGUGUAAGAAGGUAGAAUAUGUGGAUAUCCGGGGGCUCAAUGGCACGAACCUUACAGCACCGUUUUGGGCGAACUUCGGGGUGAGUUUGCAUACUGACAGCUCUAUCGAUUUCUGCGAGCUAAAUGCAACUGUUGGAGCGGUAUCGAGUGAAGACAACUUUGGCUCCUAUAACGGCAUUAAUCCCAAGUUCCGCUGCACACAGGAAGACAGCUCUACUACUCAGUGGUGGUUUGGAGCUCAUUUUAAAAAAUAG